UCUGGUGGACGGUAACAAACUUUGGUGGAAUUUCAGGAACCAUAGCCAUUGAAAUGGAUGAGGGAACCUAUAUACAUGCACUCGACAAUGGUCUUUUUACCCUGGGAGCUCCACACAAAGAAGGGGAAAAUGGCUUUGUUGGCCUCAAAUAGCUGCUUUAUUAGAUGCAAUGAAGCAGGGGACAUAGAAGCAAAAAGUAAAACAGCAGAAGAAGAAAUGAUCAAGAUUAGAUCCUGUGCUGAAAGAGAAACCAAGAAAAAAGAUGACAUUCCAGAAGAAGACAAAGGAAAUGUAAAACAAUGUGAAAUCAAUUAUGUAAAGAAAUUUCAGAGCUUCCAAGACCACAAACUUAAAAUAAGUAAAGAAGAGAGUAAAAUUCUUUAAAAAGGCUCAGAAAGAUGGAUUUUUCAUGAGACGCUUCUGGACAGUCCAGCGAGCAGAACUGAUUACAGAUCUUGACAACAGAAGAUACAGAUUUAAAAUAACUUGCCUGUUCCCGUGGACUUUAUCCACUAGUGGAGGAGGACAAGUGGACAAGGGGAGAGGGUAGGUGGGGGCUCCUUCCCUAUUCCUCCCAUUCCACUUUAUACAAACCCUAGCUAGACCACUGGGAGAGCAACGGAGGUUAAGAAUGACUGCAUCUAAAUAUUGUCAUCUGGUCCACUCUUCUUCCAUCUUGUACACAAGAAUAUCAUGAGUUUUGGUUAAAGCACUACUGAAACCAAGAUAAACUCUGGCUUAGCAUGCCCCUGACGGAUCAGUCUAGUAAUCAUAUCAAAACCAAGACUACCUAAAAGCACUAACCAAAGGAAAGCUCCCUCACCCCAACCUAUGACUGCUCACAUUUUUCAGAUUGAAUCAUUUCAAUUGUAUUUUAAGGUUCAUUGACUCUUUACCACCUCCAAGCUGCUCCUGAACACAACUGAUUGUUAUUUUUUAAUUUUGAAAACUUUCUCACUUCUAGAAUUUCCACUUGAGCCUUUGUUAUUAUUGUAGUUUCUUCUUCUCUGCUGUGAUUUCCUAUCCAUUUAUUUUAUGGGUUUUUAGGGUUUUGAUUUUAGUAAGAAUUACAAUAACUACUUUAAAAAUCCACACUAAUUCCAACAUCUGGGUCAUCUCGAGGUCAGUCUCUAUUGAUUGCCUUUUUCUUUGAAUAUGUUUCUUUAUAUGUUUGAUAUAAUGGGAUUGAAUUCUGAAUAUUGUAAAACUAGAUUCUGUUUUGUUCCUCUGAAAAUUUUAAUAAUUUUAUGUUGUAUUUGUUGUAUUUUGCUUGAUUGUUUCUUUCUAUUGUAUACUUUACAAUAUAUUUUCUUCCAAUGGUUUUAACAUUUCUAUUUCUCAAAAUAUUUAUGUUUAUGUUAAAAAUUAUACAAAGUAACUUGGUGCAGUGGCUCCCAUCUGUAAUCCCAGAACUUUUAGAGGCCAAGGCAGGAGGGUCACUCGAGCCCAGGAGUUGGAAACCAGCCUAGACAACAGGACAAGACCCUGUCUCCACAAAAAAUUAUUAGGAUGGUGCAAAAAGUAAUUGCGGGUUUUGCCAUUACUUUCAAUGGCAAAACCCGCAAUUACUCUUGCACCAACCUGAUAAAAAAAUAAGCUGGGUAUGGUGGUGGCGUGUGCCUGUGGUCUCAGCUAUUUGGGAAGUGAAGGCAGAGGUGGGAGGAUUGCUGGAGCCCAGGAGUUCCAGACCAGCCUGAGAACCUGUCUCUAUGAGAAAAAUAAAUAAAUAAAUAAAUAGCUGGGCCCAUGUACCUGUGGUACUAGCAACUUGGGAGGCAAAGGCAGAGGUGCCAGAAUCACUUGAGCCCAGAAGCUCAAGGCUGCAGGGCACUGUGAUUGUGCCACUGCACUCCAGCCUGAGUGAUGGAGCAUGACCCUGACUCCAAAUAAUAAUAAUAAUUACAAAAAGGAAAGACCUAGAACACCAGGUUAGGGUUAAGUAUUCUAAAAUUCAGCUGACUUACUCUGUUCACUAUAAAGCAGGUUGCCACAGAAAAUAUAGCAUGCCCAGUUAAUUUGAAAUUUCAGAUAAACAAAUACUUUUUUCAGUGUAAGUAUAUCCCAUGCAGUAUUUGGGACAUGUGUAUACUAAAAUAUUAUUCCUUGUUUAUCUGAAAUUGAAAUUUAACUGGGUAUUACAUAAUUAUAGCAGCCUGACCAUAAAAGAUAUGAGCUGAGCAAAAUUCUACUUUAAACUUCAAGAUUUAUAAUAAUGCAUUAUUAAUCAAGAACUAUUAUUUACUGAAAACUGUGUAGAUCCCCGUAUUUAUCUUUUUAAAUGUGGAACUAGGAAAGCUACAUAAAGAACAUUUAUAGAAAUAAAUGACUGUUCUAUAGCUGAAAGGAAAACUCUAGCUUUCAUUUUUCUCCCCAAACUUAAGGUUUAUUCUACAUUUGUAUAAACAAUAAAAUUACAGCUCAACUUUGGAAGCACAGAUCAUAAUAUAAAAAUAAAGCAAAGAUCCCAGAAACAUUUAACAGGCAACAAAUCUUUCACAUCAUCUUACUAUAUCAACUAAACAUAUAAUAACUUAGAAUGAUCCAUUAAUUAUAAGUAAAGAAUAAAUUCUUUUACAAAGCAUAACUAUUAAUAUUAUUGACCAUCAUAAGAGCAAAUAUUUUAAGUAAAACACCAUGAAUACUUUACAGAAAGGAGCGAGUUGCAGACACAGUCAUUCUUGGAUUUCUUUCAACACCAGGCUUUCUUCCCUUUUUACCUGAACUGGGAGUUGAAUAUUUCCUCUCUUUGCCCUCUGACCCUCUAGUCUCUGAAGCAUCUUUUGUACUAGAGGUAUGUGCAGAGACUUCCUGGAAAUUUGGAUUUCUAAAUUGUGCUGUUGUAUCUUCUAGGCACUGCAGUGAUCCAGAUAUAGAGCUGUUGCUCUUGCUUGUGUAAGUGUAACAUUUUGAUUCAAAAAAGGAAGUAAAAGGAAGAGAGUUGAUUACAUUUGGCUACUGACAUUAAUAAUAAUAAAUAAUAAUUGUACUUGUAAUAUAAACAUCUGAAAGUUUUAGUUCUAAGAAUGGGUGUCCACAUAAGAAAAUUAUGUAAAAAUAAUUAAUGUCUAUUAUAAUUACUUUUCUUUAACCAAAGAAAAAGUAUAAUUUAAAGAUGGCUGUUUAAGGAUCAAAUUGCAGCCAUUGGUAAAAGUAGAUAUUAGUCAUAUUUAUUAACUGACACACAGUGAUACUGAAGGCACUUACUUCUCAAGAAACAUCAUUUUUUCCCAACAAGAACAUACUACAUCCUAGACAUGAAAUGAAAAUAAGCUUUAAUUUUCACCACAGGAGGGCGACAAUCAGAGAACUGAGGUGGUACAGAUCCAUUAGAGGACCAUAUCCAUGAGUCCAUCAGUCUCUACUGUAGGACAGAGCAAGAAUUUUUAAAGAAUCUCGGUAAAGGCUCCUUUUCAAAAAAAUACAAAGAUUAAAGCCUUUGAAACGUAAAUUAUUUUUUCCAGUUAUUACAUUGAGGACAAAGUUAUAGUUGCAAAGUUAAGAUUUUUAUAACUAUCCCUAAAAUUGAUUCUCUGUGACUCCCUUGAUCUACAUAUGUUAAGGAAAAAGGCAAGAUAAAGAUGUGUUAAAUAUUUUCCAGUUUUUAAUAAUCAGUUUUAAUAUAAGGUAUACCCAAAUAAUGGUUAAUUAAAUGACAAUGAAAGAAUGUUAUAGCAGAGGCUCACUUAUCAACAUGCCUUGAAAUUAAAGGUUUAUAAGGUGCAUAAGGGCAAAGUUUUUGAUGUUGCCAUUACAUUCACAAAAGUAUCUGAGGCGUGUACAGCAUGAAGUUCACUAAGUGCUUGCAACAUAACCAGCACUAAAUUUUGUUGAAUAAAUAAAUGAAUAAUUUUGUAUAGCAUCUGUCCAAAAUCUCUGAUGUAAAAAUGAAAAUAAUCUGAAAAUAUGCAAAACUGAAAUUUCCCACAUACGGCUGCCAAUUCGGACAAACAAUAAGAUGAAUUUCAAAAUGAGAACAUGACAAUAAAAUCAAGUUUCAAAAUGGCUGGCCUUUUUUAGCAAUACCCAUGUUCAAAAAAAGGAAUAAGACAUCAAUUGUUUUGAGAACCAAAAUUUCACUGCUGCUUUUCUCACACCCUGUUGUUAAUCUAAGCCCCCAUGCUCUUACUGUAAAUAACAGAUUUUCCUCAUAAAAUACAAGAAACAGGCAGGGUGACUGUCAAUAACAGAUAUUCAUCAUCAAAUACAAGAAACAGGCCAGGCACGGUGGCUCACACCUGUAAUCCCAGCAAUUUGGGAGGCUGAAGCGGGUGGAUCACUUGAGGCCAGGAGUUUGAGACAAGCCUGGCCAACAUGGUGAAACCUCAUCUCUACUAAAAAUACAAAAAUUAGCUGGGUGUGGUGGCAGGCACCUGUAAUCCCAGCCAAUCAGGAGGCUGAGGCAAGAGAAUCGCUUGAACCUGGGAGGUGGAGGUUACAGUGAACUGAGAUUGAGCCACUGUACUCCAGCCUGGGCGACAGAGCAAGACUCUGCCUUAAACAAAUAAAUACACAACAUAACAGAAUCACUGGGACACAUUCAAAGCAGUGUGUAGAGGGAAAUUUAUAGCACUGAAUGCCCACAAGAGAAAGCAAGAAAGAUCCAAAACUGACACCUUAACAUCACAAUUAAAAGAACUAGAAAAGCAAGAGCAAACACAUUCAAAAGCUAGCAGAAGGCAAGAAAUAACUAAAAUCAGGGAAGAACUGAAGGAAA